CAGGCAGGGCGGAACUGCUGCUGUUAGUAACUUAGUCAGCUACACACACACACACAGUCAACUCUCCCAGUUUAGGCGUCACUGUGCCAGUUUAAAUCCUUCGUUUUUCUACGUUCAUCGCGGACCCCCAACUCGUCUUGUUUGUGGGUGUUUUUUGGAGGUGUUUGAACUUCCCUCGCAUUUUCCCCCCCGACGUGUUUUCCCGAAGGGAGGCGGCGGUGGAGGGCUUGGGGAUCGGCAGCCAUCUUUGGACCUGCCUGGGAGUGGGAUCUGACUACUCUCUGGCACCCUAGCUACUUCAAGGGUGGGGAUUUUAACCUACAGUAAGUCACCGAUGCGGGCGUUAUAAUCGACUGACAGCGACAAGAACCUCGAGGAUUUGGCGGAAGAAAGUGUCCCGGUGGGGAUGAAACGGGAGGAAGACUCGAAUAAUCCCGAUUUGGUGCGAAUUACGCGACAUUGUCCACAGCGCUGGGACCUGGCCUGUCAGAAGAAGGCUGAGUUAACUGAGAAGCUAACUGGCUAAGCUAACUUAGCAAACAUCACACAGCUCUGAACACACAUGAAACCACUGUCCCGCAGAUGAGCCAUCAGUGGGGGCUUUCACGUCGCUGUCGCAGACCCAGAUAGUUCCUGGCGGCAGCGGCAUUGCCCGCAGCUCCCCAUUAUGCCCAACAGCAGUCGGGCGGGGAACCUAAAGGACCCCGAAAUAGCUGAGCUCUUCUUCAAGGAGGACCCGGAAAAGCUCUUCACAGAUCUGCGGGAGAUUGGACAUGGCAGCUUUGGUGCUGUAUAUUUUGCACGGGAUGUGCGGACGAAUGAGGUGGUGGCCAUCAAGAAGAUGUCUUACAGUGGGAAACAGUCCACUGAGAAAUGGCAAGACAUAAUCAAGGAGGUGAAAUUCCUGCAGAGGAUACAGCACCCAAACAGCAUCGAGUACAAAGGAUGUUACCUGCGAGAGCACACUGCCUGGCUGGUCAUGGAGUAUUGUUUGGGCUCAGCUUCAGAUUUGUUAGAAGUUCACAAGAAACCGCUGCAAGAAGUUGAAAUUGCUGCAAUUACCCAUGGUGCUCUUCAAGGGUUGGCUUACCUUCACUCCCACAAGAUGAUUCACCGAGAUAUCAAGGCAGGAAACAUCUUGCUGACGGAGCCAGGGCAAGUAAAGCUGGCAGAUUUUGGCUCUGCUUCCAUUGCCUGCCCUGCGAAUUCCUUUGUUGGGACUCCAUAUUGGAUGGCCCCAGAAGUAAUUUUAGCUAUGGAUGAGGGUCAGUAUGAUGGAAAGGUGGACAUUUGGUCUAUGGGAAUAACCUGCAUUGAAUUAGCUGAGAGGAAGCCUCCACUGUUCAACAUGAAUGCAAUGAGUGCCUUAUACCAUAUAGCACAGAACGAGAGCCCGACACUGCAGUCUAGUGAAUGGACGGAUUAUUUCCGAAACUUUGUCGACUCUUGCCUUCAGAAAUUUCCCCAGGACAGGCCAAACUGUGAGGAGCUUUUAAAGCAUGCAUUUCUCCAGCGCGAGCGACCGGAGUCGGUUCUCAUAGACCUGAUAAAUCGGACUAAGGAUGCAGUGCGGGAGCUAGACAAUCUGCAGUGUCGUAAAAUGAAGAAGCUCUUGUUUCAGGAAGCCCACAAUGGCCCCACAACUGAGGCACAAGAUGAAGAGGAGGAGCCAGAACACAGUGUGGGUAGGACGGGUACUGUGAACAGCGUGGGGAGCAACCAGUCAAUCCCCAGUAUGUCAAUCAGUGCCAGCUCCCAGAGCAGCUCUGUCAAUAGUCUAACAGAUGCAGGCGAUGACAAGAGCGAGGCGGACAUAGAGGGAGACCGCACGGUGAUGUCCAACAGCUCCGUCAUCCACCUCAAACCAGAGGAGGAGGCACGUAAUGAAGAGUCAGAGCCUAACAGCCGGCCAACUGAGCCACAGUCCCCUCCUGCACACACUCCACGGCCAAAACGAAACCGCGAACACUUUGCUACUAUACGCACAGCUUCAGUGCUCACUCGCCAGAUUAAGGAGCACGAGCAGGAUUCUGAGCUGAGGGAGCAGAUAUUGGGCUACAAGCGCAUGAGGAGGCAGCAUCAGAAACAGCUGAUGGCCCUGGAAAACAGGCUGAAGGCUGAAAUGGACGAGCACAGGCUCCGUCUGGACAAGGAGCUGGAGAACCAGAGGAACAGUUUUGCCCAGGAGAUGGAGAAACUUGUAAAGAAGCACCAAGCGUCCAUGGAGAAAGAUGCGAAAACCUUUAGCAACGAUGAAAAGAAGUUCCAGCAGCAUAUCCAGAGUCAGCAGAAGAAAGAGCUCAACAGCUUCCUAGAAUCCCAGAAACGGGAAUACAAACUCCGCAAGGAGCAGCUGAAAGAGGAGCUGAAUGAAAACCAUUCAACACCCAAGAAAGAGAAGCAAGAGUGGCUGUCCAAGCAGAAGGAGAACUUCCAACACUUCCAAGCAGAGGAGGAGGCCAACUUACAGCGUAGACAGAGGCAGUACCUGGAGCUGGAGUGCCGCAGAUUCAAGCGGAGGAUCUUAAUUGCUCGUCACAAUAUUGAAAAAGACCUAGUGCGGGAGGAGCUGAACAAGCGUCAGACCCAGAAGGACUUGGAACAUGCCAUGCUUCUGCGGCACCAUGAGUCCAUGCAAGAGCUGGAGUUCCGCCAGCUCAACACCAUCCAAAAGACGAGGAGCGAGCUCAUCCGCCUGCAGCACCAGACGGAGCUCACCAACCAGCAGGAGUACAACAAGAGGAGGGAGAGGGAACUUAGACGCAAACAUGUGAUGGAGGUUCGCCAGCAGCCCAAGAGCCUCAAGUCCAAAGAGCUACAGAUCAAGAAGCAGUUCCAGGACACGUGUAAGAUCCAGACCCGACAGUAUAAAGCACUAAGGAACCAUCUGCUGGAGACCACACCAAAGUCCGAGCACAAAGCUGUCCUUAAACGGCUAAAGCAGGAGCAGCACCGCAAACUUGCCAUCUUGGCAGAGCAGUAUGACCACUCCAUCAAUGAAAUGCUUUCCACUCAGGCGCUACGCCUGGAUGAGACUCAGGAGUCUCAGUGCCAAGCCCUGCGAAUGCAGCUACAGCAGGAGCUGGAGCUACUCAACGCCUACCAGAGCAAGAUCAAGAUGCAGACAGAAGCCCAACACGAGCGUGAGAAGAAAGACAUGGAGCAAAGGGUGUCGCUGCGAAGAGCCCUGCUGGAACAAAAGAUCGAGGAGGAGAUGGUGUCCUUGCAGAACGAACGCAUGGAGCGAACCCAAAGUCUGCUGGAACGUCAAGCCAGAGAAGUCGAGGCUUUUGACUCCGUGAGUAUGCGCCUGGGCUUCAGCAACAUGAUGCUAUCAAACAUCUCCCCGGAUUCCCUCAGCCAUAGCUUUCCUGGGGCGCCAGGAAGUUGGAGCCACCAUCAGCAACAGCAUUCGCCUGGAAGCUCUCAGGGGCACCACUGGGGCGGCGGAGGUUCGGCCGCAGGGCUGAAUCACCAAGGCAGCCAUCACCACUAUCACUCCAGUCCGGGAGGGGCACCUAUGCAUGGAGGAGGGGGUCAUUCGCUGUGGGGCCACCCAUCAGGUGGACCCCUGGGGUCACGAGGUAGUGUAGGUCUACAAAACAGCCCCCAGGCAAUGGGGAGGACACCCUCAGGAGAACGCGGCGAUCAGGGGAUGAGCAGGAGCACCAGUGUCACCUCUCAGAUAUCUAACGGGUCGCACCUUUCCUACACAUAGAUCCUGGAGUCAGUUUGAGCGUGGAGAUGUAGAGUCCAACAAACACAACACAACAGAGGACUGGCUGAGCCCUGCCGCCAUGUCUUUCUCUGUGACACUACCCCACCAUUUCUCCCAUGUACAGGUGUGGAUGUGUGAUGAAAUAAAUGUUGCUCAGGUCAAAAGGGCUGGAGAAGGCACAGCCCGUCCAAUGGCAGUUUAUUGGCACACAUGCAGAUCCUUAAAUUAUGUUACAUAGGCAAUUUCAGAGUCAACAGGUUACUUCCAUUUGUUUUUAUUUACAGUCUCUCCUGCAAAGGAUUUUUUUUUUUUUUUUUUUUAUAAAGUUUGUGCUAUUCACAGCCAUUGCUCUAAUUUUGCACAUGAAACACUGUUGGAAAAAAAAGCCUUUGACAUGUGUUAAAUAUGUCUUCAGUAAUGUGGAAUCAAACAAUCACAGAAAACCUAUUUUAUUAACUCCCCCUUCACUCUCCCCUCGCAUAUAUUCAGUCAUGAUACUGGCCAGUCCUCUGACACAGCAGCCCUGAUGGAAGAUGCUUUGCUGUUGUGAUACCAGCCUGCUGUAAUGGUCAUUUAUUAGGUCACCCCAACCCCCCAACCCCCCAACCCCCCAGGACCCUGGUCAUCAACCAAACCGAGAGCCAAAUAAACUAAUUUUAACAGUUUCGGGUGUACGCUACAACACUACUACAGUGCCUUUUUAACUUUUGAUAAUUGAAAUUACACUCAGAUGUUUAUAGUUUUAAUGUUUUAAAUUCCACCUAGAGUAUAAGAGUAGUUCAGUCCGUUUUUCCUUUUUUUUUUUUUUUUUAACGUUCGAUUAGGUUCAAAUGUCCCGGAUAUCUUUCUCACGUUUAUACAUGGACGGUGUAAACAGUAAUAUGGGUUUAAGUCGCACAAAUGUUGGGAAGUACUUGUGUUACUUGUGCAUAUCAGUCUUUAGGUGGUACUCUAGAAGUAAACCUGGAAACUUAAAUAUCACAGAGAAUGUGACUGUACACGUUCACAGGAGACUCAUUGGCCUUUGAAAACAAUCCUACUAUUGAUCUGUUCAUUUUUUUAUUAGUGCCUUUUAAAACUGCUGCCUUUUUCAAAGCACUUUAUACAGCUAAAUGUGUAUAAAACAUAUAUUCAACUUUUUUUUUUUUUUUUUUUUUGCAAAGCGCCUGGUGGAUGAAUGUUUCAUCGGUACGUAUGUAGUUAAGUUUAAGAGUCGAACUUAACCUGUACUGUGAUUUAGUUUUUUGAUUGUUGUUGUUUUGUUUUUUUUUUAUUAGAGCAAUUUACCAAGUACAAACAACACCUAGGUUAUGGCAACCUACACUACGUAAAUUAAAACAUUUAUCCCCCAUUCUUCAGCUUCUACAGUGUUUUGAAAGCAUUGAUCAUCUUGUGAGUUUAUGCAGAAUUUGAAUUGAACAGAGUAUGUGUGGAUGCUGCAGUUUUUUUUUUCUUUUUAUUAUUUUAUUUUUUUGUUGUUGUUGUUGUUUUACAACAGUUUUCCUAAAACUAAAACGGAACUGAGUUUAAUGAGUUCAUUGCGUGCUUGCAGGUAAUUGACCAUGACAGCAGGCUUGGCACUACUAAAUAAAAAACACACUGUUGAAAACAUUUAAGGCCCAGAUAAGCAACACUAAGAUCGUAAAAGGUGCUAUAAGUUAUAAUUGCUAUGCCAUCUCAUUAAGGACCCUAAAACGAGGGAGACUGAAUUAAGCACAUGCUUGCAUGAAAACAUUGUAGUGUAGAAAUGGAAAUGUCAAACUAAGUCAACGCACAUGCUGUAAAGAAAGAAAAGUACAAAAACAGCCAAAUACAAAAUUCAAUGUGGCAAAAAGCACUUAGGUAUUCCUUUACAGCUUUAACCAUUUUCUGUCUUCUCUUCGAUUUGCAGUUGAGUUGUUUCAAGCUAGAACACACUGAGAAUAUAAAAAGGCUUAAUUUAAAAGGACUUUAAAGAUAAUUCUCCAGAGAGAAUAAAGAUAUAUGCUCCCCAGAAUCGCAAAGCUGGAGUAACAUACGUGUGUGUGAGUGUUUUAUUAAAGAAGAAUUUUAAAAAAACUCACGUCUAAGAAAAAAAUAUUUUCUAAAAUUAAUAUAACUGGGAAAAAGCUUUCUCACUCGGUCAAAAUGCCUCGUGUCCCUGUAUUUACCGUUACCGUCUCUGGUAAACGCCACUGGCCAUCACUAAACAUUGCCCCUGCAUACUUCAUUCUCCCCCUGACUUUACACUUUUAGCCAUUUGUCCCCAUUCCACUCUUGGUUCGGAGCCACUUGUUCAGAUGCUGGCUCUUCCUGAAUGUUGUUCUUUAAUAUAUUCCUAUCAGAAAUGUGGACACAAAAAUGCUGGGAUCGUUUCCUCUAGUGUAUAUAUCCUGCCUAGAAAUUCUACAUUAUAUCAAUUUACAUAUGGUGUCAUCCCAAAACUCUUGUUCUUUUUUGUAUGUCAACUGAUUAGCUCCAGCUACUGUAACACAACAAGUUAUAUUCUGCAUUUUUUUCCCCCCUGAUUUGUUUAUAUUUGGUAAAGAAAAUGAGAAUGUAUUUAUCGUUAUUGAAUUCUUACCAGUCAAAUGUCAUGGCUAGGAGUUUGAAUGUUAGGUCAAUCAAACCUCACGUACAUGCCAACGUUAAGUUUAUACGGAAACAUUUUUGUUCGCUUUUACGUCAUGGUUGCAUGUGAGGGAAUGUGGAUGUUGUUGUGAGUUAUAAAACCUCUCCACCAGCCGGGAUUUUGUUUUAUUUUUUAAUAUUUUACUGUUUUAUUUUGAUGUCAGAUUUUCUCCUACUGACUGAAAGCAUGUGGGAUACUGAAUGAGAGUCGGGCAACAGAAAAUAGCGAUCCUAGCUAUGGUCAAACACUGUGCCAUACCAGAGUUGCCAAGCCCAGACACCACUGCAUUUGUUUUAACCUAUCAUUGGGCUGACCACAUGAAAUGUAUGAAACAUAAAAAGAAAGUUGGUUCUGGACUAGUGGCCAAAGUUUAAAAAGGCUUGAAGAGAUGACGGGGUGACAGGCAAGAAAAGAUAUUGCAUUUCUCUGAAGAUGUCAGUAUUCUUUGGCACAUUACCACUACAACUCAUAACCUGUAUUAAAAUGUAUAGAUGGUGGAACAUGUUGUUGAAUGUCAGAGAGAUUAUGAAGAUGCUACAUAAGAGAUGGUAAAGUACUAAAAGUGGAUUUAAAUUGUGUAUAAAGGUUGAUAAAAAAGAAUAAAAAUAGGAUCAAAUUUACUAUGUUUGUAUUGUAUUUACCAAUGUGUUGGCAGAGGGAUAUUGAACAGAAAUCAGCUGUAAUAAAGUAAUUUUAGUAUAA